UUGACGUUUCUGCCCUGCCUCCUGCCUCCUGUGCAAUGUGCAUUAUUUUAUAGAAAUAUAGCAGAUACUGAUAUCGCGAGAUUAUAAGUAUCGAAAUAUAUAUUAGCUUAAGGAUUUAAUUACGAAAAUCAUGCUUGUGUUGGUAUUAGGGGACUUGCAUAUUCCACACAGAUGUAGUAGCCUUCCGAGUAAAUUCAAGAAGCUGCUAGUACCAGGAAGAAUACAGCACAUCUUAUGCACCGGCAAUCUUUGUACAAAAGAGUCCUAUGAUUAUCUCAAAACACUAGCCAGUGAUGUGCAUGUAGUCAGAGGAGAUUUCGAUGAGAAUCUAAAUUAUCCGGAACAGAAAGUAGUUACUGUGGGCCAGUUCAGAAUAGGACUUUCCCAUGGACAUCAAGUAGUGCCAUGGGGUGAUCCAGAAUCUUUAGCCUUGAUACAAAGGCAAUUAGAUGUCGAUAUUCUCAUAUCUGGACACACGCAUAAAUUCGAAGCCUACGAGCAUGAAAAUAAAUUCUACAUCAAUCCUGGAUCAGCUACCGGAGCUUACAAUCCUCUAGAUACAUCAGUUAUACCAUCAUUCGUAUUGAUGGACAUUCAAAGCUCAACAGUGGUUACUUACGUGUACCAGUUAGUCGGAGACGAAGUUAAAGUGGAAAGAAUUGAAUAUAAGAAGAGUUAGAGGAAUCUCCGAUGGAAUCUCCAAAUUACAUCUAUUAUAGAUUAUAUCCUAAAUUCAAUAUGAAUGCAAUUACGCGCAUAAAUAUUCAACAUUUGCCGGAUACUUUUAAUGUGUCUCGGAUUAAUUGAUUAAUUACUUAACGUUUAAGUAUACUUACUGAAUCGCAUAUUUGUUGUAAAUAAAGCAAUAUCAAUAUUA